GUAUUUGUCUGAUUGCCCUUGGCUCCGGGGCAGGGGCAGUGAUGUGAGUCUCCCCCGGUCCCCCCACUUCCUUCCCUCACAAAACUUGGAACGGUUGCUAGCUGCUGUCACUUCUUGACAGGCUGAGUUUGGAGCCUCAUCCUCCCCAGCAAGCUCUGUCGGACUCGAAGCAUUUGGACCUUCAAGCGCUUUUCUAGCAAGGACACUCCACCUGGGCUACGGAGGAGGAGACAGGGCCGCCCGAGGGCUGGCCAGCUUCGACUGACUGUGGGCCUGGCCCUUCAGUUAAUAUUGAGUUAUCCGGCGGCCAUGAUACCCAUCGCCUCACAGUACUGCUUUGACCUCAAUUUGCUUUUCUUUUGGCUUUUAGAGUUCUUAUGUUUUUUGUCCUCUCUGUGUCUGUACUCAGCUGGAUGGAAUUGUAUACUUUUAGGGUGUAGUAUCACUGACCCUUGGAAAACAAGGUGACAACCUGCUGUAUGUGUUGGCGUUUUCCCAGUAGAGGCAUCACUUCCGGUGGUGGAUCCUGGCCUGCCGACUCCAUCCCACCGAUGCCUUUGAGAGUUUCCCGUACUAAUCGGGGGCUCCAUGCAACGGGCAGUGGAAGGACAUGGUAAAGGUCAGAAGAGCACACUGGAGCUGGUCAGGCUGGGUGGGUCCUCCUGACCUCCAUCACUGUCUCCUCCCCUACAACCACGUACCCCCAGCUCUUCAGGCAAGGUUGGGUGGCCCCUGGAAGAUCUCUUCCCUUGUCUUCUCGAAGACCUGGCUUAUCCUGCAUCUGGGAAAUGCGGGUUCCUCCAUCUCACCGUUCAGUGGAUUCAGAAUGUUGACGUGGUCACAGCAACCUCUGCUCAAGAGCGUUUCCCAAAGUGUAUUCUGCGGAACUAGCACCUACUGUGUUCUCAACACCGUGCCACCUCUAGAAGAUGAUCAUGGGAACAGCAAUAGUAGUCAUGUAAAAAUCUUUUUACCGAAAAAGCUGCUUGAAUGUCUGCCGAAAUGUUCAAGUUUACCCAAAGAGAGGCACCGUUGGAACACUAAUGAGGAAAUCGCAGCUUAUUUAAUCACGUUUGAGAAGCACGAAGAAUGGCUCACCACAUCCCCUAAGACAAGACCGCAGAAUGGCUCCAUGAUCCUCUACAACAGGAAGAAGGUGAAGUACAGGAAAGACGGGUACUGCUGGAAGAAGAGGAAAGAUGGGAAAACGACCCGCGAGGACCACAUGAAGCUGAAGGUCCAGGGAGUGGAGUGCUUGUACGGCUGCUAUGUCCAUUCUUCCAUCAUCCCCACCUUCCACCGGAGGUGCUACUGGCUCCUUCAGCCUCGGGCAGGAACUUGGUCCAUGGCCAGUGAAACGGAACCUCCACAUUCUAGCCAUCGCCCCGGCGCCCCGCUAUCCAGGCAGCUCGGUGAGCCGGGGGCAGAAGCCAUCAGCACCGCCCCCCUGCCCCUGAUGACCUGCUGGGUGGGAUCCAAGAGCCGCACGACAGGACCGUGGGCCCCGGUGCUGAUGAAGGUGCUGGAGGCUGAGCCCUACGGGCGCCAGAAGGGCCUCUUCAGGGUGGCACGGAGGGCAAGGACCACUGUGUCCUUGUCCACCUGUGUCCCGGAGCCCCUCACAGACAAGGGCAGGAGCCUUCACGGCAUCAAGUGGACCUGCAGCAACGGCAACAGCAGCUCGGGCUUCUCCGUGGAGCAGCUGGUGCAGCAGAUCCUCGACAGCCACCAGACCAAGCCGCAGCCCCGGACCCACAACUGCCUGUGCGCCGGCGGCUUGGGAGCGGGCAGCAGCGUGCAUCACAAGUGCAACAGUGCCAAACACCGCAUCAUCUCGCCGAAGGUGGAGCCGCGGACGGGGGGCUACGGGGGCCACGCGGAGGUGCAGCACAAUGACGUGUCCGAGGGCAAGCAGGAGCACAGCCACGGCAAGGGCUCGAGCCGAGAGAAGAGGAACGGCAAGGUGGCCAAGCCCGUGCUGCUGCACCAGAGCAGCACCGAGGUCUCGUCCACCAACCAGGUGGAGGUGCCCGACACCACCCAGAGCUCCCCCGUGUCCAUCAGCAGCGGCCUCAACAGCGACCCCGACAUGGCGGACAGCCCCGUGGUCACCGGCGUGUCCAGCAUGGCGGUGGCCUCCGUGAUGGGGAGCCUGUCCCAGAGCGCCACGGUCUUCAUGUCCGAGGUCACCAACGAGGCCGUGUACACCAUGUCCCCCACCGCCGGCCCCAACCACCACCUCCUCUCGCCCGACGCCUCGCAGGGCCUGGUCCUGGCCAUGAGCUCCGACGGCCACAAGUUCGCCUUCCCCACCCCGGGCGGCUCGGACAGCCUGUCCAUGCUGCCCUCCAACGUCUCCGAAGAGCUGGUCCUCUCCACCACCCUGGACAGCGGCCGGAAGAUUCCAGAAACCACCAUGAACUUUGACCCCGACUGUUUCCUCAACAACCCAAAGCAGGGCCAGACGUACGGGGGCGGGGGCCUGAAGGCCGAGAUGGUCAGCGCCGGCGUCCGGCACUCGCCUCCCGUGGAGAGGGCCUUCAGCUUCACCACCGUCCUCGCCAAGGAGAUCAAGACGGAGGACACCUCCUUCGAGCAGCAAAUGGCCAAAGAAGCGUACUCCUCGUCGGCCGCGGCGGCUGGUUCCCUCAGCCUGAGCGCGGGCCCCAGCCUGCUGCCGUCGGGCGGCGGCCUGAGCCCCAGCACCACCCUGGAGCAGAUGGACUUCAGCGCCAUCGACUCCAACAAGGACUACGCGUCCAGCUUCAGCCAGACGGGCCACAGCCCCCACAUCCACCAGACCCCCUCCCCCAGCUUCUUCCUGCAGGACGCCAGCAAGCCCCUCCCCCUUGAGCAGAGCGCCCACAGCAGCCUGAGCGACUCCGGGGGCACCUUCGUGAUGCCCACGGUGAAAACGGAGGCCUCCUCGCAGACCAGCUCCUGCAGCGGCCACGUGGAGACACGGAUAGAGUCCACCUCCUCCCUCCACCUCAUGCAGUUUCAGGCCAACUUCCAGGCCAUGGGUGCGGAAGGGGAGGUCACCAUGGAGACCUCGCAGGUGGCCGAAGGGGGCGAGGGCCUGAUCAAGUCCGGGGAGCUGCAGGCCUGCGGCUCCGAGCACUACCUGCAGCCCGAGACCCCCGGGGUGAUCCGCAGCACGGGCGGCGUCCCCCUCCUCCCGGGGAACGUGGUGCAGGGACUGUACCCCGUGGCCCAGCCCGGCCUCGGCAACGCCUCCAACAUGGAGCUCAGCCUGGACCACUUUGACAUCUCCUUCAGCAACCAGUUCUCCGACCUGAUCAACGACUUCAUCUCCGUGGAGGGGGGCAGCGGCACCAUCUACGGGCACCAGCUGGUGUCAGGGGACGGCGCGGCGCUCUCGCAGUCGGAGGACGGGGCCCGCGCCCCCUUCGCCCAGGCCGAGAUGUGCAUCCCCUGCUGCAGCCCCCAGCAGGGGAGCCUGCAGCUCAGCGGCGCCGAGGGCGGGGCCGGCACCAUGGCCUACAUGCACGUCGCCGAGGUGGUCUCGGCCGCCUCGGCCCGGGGCAUCUGGGGAUGCUGCAGCAGAGCGGACGCGUGUUCCAUGGGGACCGACUAUUCCCCGGAGUGGUCCUACUCGGAGGGAGGAGUGAAGGUUCUCAUCACAGGCCCAUGGCAAGAAGCCAGCAAUAACUACAGCUGCCUGUUCGACCAGAUCUCAGUGCCUGCGUCCCUCAUCCAGCCCGGCGUGCUGCGCUGCUACUGCCCAGCCCAUGACACUGGUCUCGUGACCCUACAAGUUGCCUUCAACAACCAGAUCAUCUCCAACUCUGUGGUGUUUGAGUACAAAGCGCGGGCCCUGCCCACACUCCCCUCCUCGCAGCAUGACUGGCUGUCACUAGACGACAACCAGUUCAGGAUGUCCAUCCUGGAGCGGCUGGAGCAGAUGGAGCGGCGGAUGGCGGAGAUGACGGGGUCCCAGCAGCACAAGCCGGGGAGCGCAGGAGGCGGCAGCGGCGGGGGCGCCAGCAGCGGGAACGGCGGAAGUCAAGCCCAGUGCGCUCCGGGCCCGGGGACGCUGGGCAGCUGCUUCGAGAGCCGCGUGGUCGUCGUGUGCGAGAAGAUGAUGAGCCGGGCCUGCUGGGCGAAGUCCAAGCACUUGAUCCACUCGAAGACGUUCCGCGGGAUGACGCUCCUGCACCUGGCGGCCGCCCAGGGCUACGCCACCCUCAUCCAGACCCUCAUCAAGUGGCGCACGAAGCACGCGGACAGCAUCGAUCUGGAGCUGGAAGUCGACCCCUUGAACGUGGACCACUUCUCCUGCACCCCCCUGAUGUGGGCGUGCGCCCUCGGGCACCUGGAGGCCGCGGUCGUGCUGUACAAGUGGGACCGGCGGGCCAUCUCCAUCCCCGACUCCCUGGGGAGGCUGCCUCUGGGGAUCGCCAGGUCGCGGGGUCACGUGAAGUUAGCCGAGUGUCUCGAGCACCUGCAGAGAGGGGAGCAGGCUCCGCUGGGACAGAGCCCCCGAAUCCACUGUCCCCCGAGCGAGGAGCCCCAUGCAGACGGCUGGAUGGCCCAGUGGCACAGCGAGGCCAUCGCCUCUCCAGAAAUCCCCAAAGGCGUCACCGUCAUUGCAAGCACCAAUCCGGUGCAGGUGACGGGCAGUCCGAAGGGGACCAGUGUAGGAAAGGAGGCAGCACCUGCACAGGUGCCACCACGGGAGCCCAUGAGCGUCCUGAUGAUGGCUAGCAGAGAGGUGGCGCACACAGAGAUGGGGCCCUACCGGGACAGUGCGGAGGCCGAGGACGGCUCGCAGCCCAUGGAUGACAUACAGGUGAACAUGAUGGCCCUGGCGGAGCACAUCAUCGAGGCCACGCCCGAGCGCAUCAAGCAGAACUUCGUGCCCACGGAGGCCCCGGCCUUGGAGAGGACGGAGGCGGCCACCGUCAGCAGCACCAUGAGCUGGCUGGCCAGUUACCUGGCGGACGUGGACCACCUGCCGCAUGCCGCCCAGCUCAGAAGCGCGUAUAGCGAGCCUCUAACCCCCUCUUCCAACACCAGCCUGAGCCCCGGGGGCUCUCCAGCCAGCGACAUGGCCUUCGAGAAGCCCAGCCUGCCCUCCGCGGCGGACUGGUCGGAGUUCCUGAGCGCGUCCACCAGCGAGAAGGUGGAGAAUGAGUUCGCCCAGCUCACUCUGUCUGACCACGAACAGCGCGAGCUCUAUGAAGCCGCCAGGCUCGUCCAGACCGCCUUCCGGAAAUACAAAGGCCGACCCUUGCGAGAACAGCAGGAAGUGGCCGCUGCCGUCAUCCAGCGCUGCUACAGGAAGUACAAACAGCUGACAUGGAUAGUCUUGAAGUACGCGCUGUACAAGAAGAUGACCCAGGCCGCCAUCCUGAUCCAGAGCAAGUUCCGCAGCUACUACGAGCAGAAGAAGUUCCAGCAGAGCCGGCGCGCGGCCGUGCUCAUCCAGAAGUUCUACCGCAGCUACCGGAGGUGCGGCCAGCGGCGGCCGGCGCGCCGGACCGCGGUCAUCGUGCAGCAGAGGCUCAGGAGCAGUUUGCUAACCAAAAAGCAGGAUCAAGCUGCUCGGAAAAUAAUGCGGUUUCUACGACGCUGUCGCCACAGAGUGAAAGAAUUGAAAAAGGCCAAGGAACUUGAAGACAUACAGCAGCAUCCCUUAGCAAUGUGACAUUGCUUCUCAGACUGUUUUCAUUUCUGUUUUUAGCAGAGACAUGCAACAACACACAAGCGCGCGCGCACACACACACACACGCACACACACACACACACAAUCCCUCUGCAGUUUUGGAGAGAUCAGCUGCAGGAUUUUAACAGGAAUGUUUUGUUCAUUGCAUUUGCACUUUCAUGGACAACUUUUAAUUUGAUCAGCGAGACAUCAUGGAACUCAAUCUUCUGUUGGGUCGCGGGGAAACCAGACGCCGCGAGGAAGGGAAAGAGGCUCCCCCUGGGGAAGCGGCCGCUUUCCCGCUCACAUAGGGCUGUACUCAAACAUCGCGUGGAACUGUACAAAUAUUUAUACCAAAAAUAUAGGGAAGAAGCGGUGGGGACGCGCCGGCAACACGAGAACGCUGCUCCCGCACCUGCCAGUGGCUUCCAAGAGGCUGAAUCUUCGGGAUUCGUUGUCAGUGGAGGGCUUAGAUCACCCCAAUCUUUACUGCGUCCGUGCGUUCUCAUUUCCUUCACUGUUUCGUUUGUUCUUGUUUUAACCUCGACAGCACACUUAAUGCAACUUUUUAAAAAUCUGCAGGUUUUUAAUGUCUUGUGGAAAUUUGCAGAGGGGCGGGCGUGGCAAACGGGUAAUGCAUGGGAAACGAGGAGAAACCGCUUCCGGAGUGAAGAUUUAUUUUCUUGUCCCCGCCCCCACCCCCCACCCCCCCCAGGAACCUGCGAGGACUCAUCGUGUCCCUUUUCUCAUGUUCAGCACUUUAAUUUUUUUGCCUUACUUUCAUGUGCAAUGGGGGUUACUUAGAGAAUCGGUAGAGCAUGUAGCUUUCUCCAGUAACCCUGGGAAGUGUAGUCAUUCUGAGGAAUCAUAAACCUUGCCUGGACAUUUGCCACCUAAAAGAUCAGCGUGGUGCUGCGUUCUGGCCAGUAAAUUCCAUAUUUUUGGCUAUAUCUCAUCCAAACAGAGCAGUUUCUGUGUAUAUAUAGAAGGUAGAGAUGGAAAGUGAGAAAUAUUUGAAAGGGAUUAUAUUAAUUGCUAAAUAUUUUAUUCACAAAGGUCAAUAACAUGGCAAGAUAAAAUUAUUUGUAUAGUUUUGUCUGAAUGAGCAAGAAAAAUGUGGAUGUAUUGUUUGUAUAUAUUGUAUAUAUUAAAACAAAGAGAUAUGUGCAUGAAAUCAAGAAAAAAGAAAUGAACACAAGCAAAGCAUUAGUGGCUAUGGUCUGUAAAAUGAAACAAAAAAAACUUUAUUUCACUAUAAGAGUACUUUAUUUUAAAUGUUCUUUAGAAGAACAUUUUGCUAAAGCAUGACUAAACUGCAAAAAAAAAAUAAAAAAAGAGCUACUGUAUUUAGACUUAGGAGAAAAGGCAGAGUAACAUUACUUAAAAAAAGGAUAUGUUUACAUUUAAUUUUGGCUACCAGGAGUUUAUUUUAUUUUAUUUAAAAAAAAAUUUUUGCCAAUGGUGCCAAGUAAUGUGAAUGCUAAUAUUGCUUAAGAAAAUUAAGUUCCUUUUGCUAAACAGAUAAUCAUAAGAUGAAUCCGUAAACAGCUUAAUACCAUCCACUCGCUCCAACAAAGAAUACUUAGGACGACCAAACCCUGACAAAAGAAAUAGUGCGAAAGGUAGAAAAAUGUCUCACGUUUUCACAUCUCCUGCUAGAAAUCAGAACAUGUCAUUUAAAAAACUGCACACAAAAGAAAUAACUAAAACUUGAAGAGAUGCAGACUGGUCUUGUAGGGAUGUCACGGCAUAUGACUAUUUUCACAGAACGAGGAGCCAAAGAAAUCUGAUGCUUUUAAACAUUCAACUACUAACGUCCAAUCGAGGAGAAUCCAGUUCGCAUCUGCUGAUGCCAGUUUAAAAAUUCCCAGGUUACGUUUCAGGACCAGUUGGUGUAAAGCUGAAAUAAUAGUGUGUGUGUGUGUUGUUUUUUUCUUGGUUCUGGCUGCCAACUGUAAGUUAAAACUCAAGGCUCGUUGUGAAGCCUAAAAAUAUUCACAAAUAAGCUUUUAAACUGGUGUCUUUUCAGAAGGAAGGUAGACACAACAGGAUCGAGGUACACACUGGGGUCAGUGCUCUUGGUGCCUUUUCUAUAAUUGUACUUGUUUUUUAAUUCCUUUCACUGCCAACCUCAAAUUACUGUACAGUAUACAUCUUACUGCUUGUGAUCAGCUUCGACCACAGUGACAGCCCCACAACUAGUAGCCAUCUGUACAUUUGUAAACUGAGCUGACUCAAUUUUGUUAUUUUAAAUGUGUGGGUUAUGUUACAGCUGUUGCAGUCCCCCCCACACCCCACACCCCACCCACGAUCCCUUUUAUUUUACAGUUUAACCUACAGGAGGACACAGUCAUUUACACACACACACACAAUUGCAUUCCUAAGUGGGAAUAGAACGUAAAAGCCAGCUCUCUCAGAAUAUCCUGUCUUAAUGCCGAAUUUAGAUGUUUAUUCCAUUUAUUCUGGUACAAAUAACUGAUCUUUUGACAAGAGUAAUGACCUCAGUGGGUUUGCUUUAACCCUCACACUUAUUUUGUUCAUGUUCCACAUGCUACAUUAUUCGCUGAGUGAGUUAGACAAUUCGGGAAGAGAAAGACUGAUGUAGAAUUAGGAGGGUUCUCGCGGAGGGGACAGGAAGUAGCAGUACAACUGUGAAUCUAGGGGAGGUACCCGUACGCUCCCACCGACACGAAGCACUUCUGACCGCUUUUCCUCGGUUAUGAAUCUUAAUUUUGAAUAUAAGAUGAUAGGUAAGCGCAGCUUUCUUGGAUAAUCUGAAUUCCCAAGUGCCAGGAGUAGGACUUCAUUAUAAAAGUUAAUAGCUAAUCUUAUUCUGUCUCCUGAAGAUUUCAUUGCUCUUCUUGUUACCCAUUUGAAAUCAGCUGUACUGUGUGAACGAAAUAAAGACACUAACUCGAACCCCUUUCCGGCUGCACGGUCGCUUAUGGCAGUUCCACACAGUAGUUGGCGCCCAAUGGGGGGUCCCUGAGACUUGCAUGUAAAACUAGUCUAGAUGUCUUCUUUUUUGUAAGUUUUAUUUUUGUAAUUGUGCAUGUAAAGCAUCAUUGAAUCAAUGGAUCUGUUGAAGAACUCAGCUGCUGGAAACCAUGCAAAAUGUUUUGAAUUGCCCUUAAAAAUAUGGAAAAUGUUUUCUGAAUGCUUUAUAUUCUUUCUGCUGUAAAUUAAAAAUGAAGAAAAUU